AUGUCACCCACACCCAAAGCAACGACUGCACAAUCACAGGUAAACAGUAAACAGUUCUUUGCAAAGAUUCCGUUUUCCAAUGAUUUGUUGCAUUCCAUACCACAACAACACCAACAACAACAACACCAACAACAACGGCAAGAAGAAGAACAUCAUAAACUCCAUUGCAAUCGUCAGUAUUAUAACCAUCAAAGGUUUGGCAAAAAAGAUGUAAUCCCCAAUAGCUAUCCACCACAGUUACCAGGUUAUAUCCACGAUGAAUCUGCAUUUCUCCCCAUUGUAAGUUCAAUUCAAGUCUCACCUCAAUCAGCGCACAUAAAUUUCAAAACUAAUAACCAACGUGUAAAAAAUCACUUUCCAGAGGUAUCAUCAUCUAUUAGAAUUUACCCACACGAACAACAACAACAACAACAACACUUUCCGCUGCAUGACUUUGAAUUUUAUUCUAGUCAAGCAGCCACAAUAACUGAAGGACUCACGGCUCGAAUUUCACAUAAACUGCAAAUAAAAGCAUUUUCGGAAAAGAAUGCUUCAUUUUACUUUCCACAAAAAUAUGGUGACAAACAGAGGCCAGCAUCUCAACCUUCAUUUUUUGCAGUAAGAAAUAGCGCUCUUUUAGCAAAUAUUCUUGACAGUGAUAUCCACGAUGAAACAGUAGCACUGAAGCAAACAUGCCAAGAACUCAGUUUUAAUGGAUCCGUAAUUCACAAUCAUUCUAGUUCAAACUAUUAUUGUUAUUCCCACCCGCAAGUGUCUGAAAGUGGCGAUGACGUUGAAAGUUUAAAAAUUAGCAAGGUAUACAAAACUGGCGAAGAUCCAUACCCCGACCCCCUAGAUAUUCCCAAUGACACUAGCUAUCGAACUUUGCCCAAAUAUUGUAAUGGAAUUGAAUUGGUGCCUGAUCAAUCCUUUCUUACAAUAACCUCCAACUGUAUGCCGGAAAAUUUAGAACAUUUGCUCCAAGAACAUGGCAACAUUUACAAUCAAAGCGUUGUAUCAAAUGGUUCGUACAGAAAUUGCCAAUCCCAAGACUCUGAUAAAACAACAACAAAUUCCAUUUGCAUGCCAAAAUUUGAAACCCAACAAGUUCCAUACACAAAUUCAGAUAAAGAUACAGUUUUGUCACGUGAUGAAUACACGAGGUUUGUUUUAGAUUCAUCAAAAGCUCCUAUUGAUAAAAGUUGUUUCGUUGGAUCGGAUGCCAAUGGAAAUAAGCAUAAAAAUCGGCCAUCAAAUCCUGACUUGACUCAUGAUGAAAUAGUUGAUUCGUUUGAAGAAACAUGCACACAAAACGAUGAUUGGAAAACGGCGUUGUUCAAGAAUCGUAUAAGAAAACUUAAUUCCAAAAAGCGCAGUAGAGGGAAAUGUGAUCAAUCUGAGUUGGUUUUUGAUAUCAAUGAUUCUGAUAAUCACCAUGAUAAUCAGCAGAGUCAUAAUCACUUUAAAGAAGGUGAUGUUGAUGAAAAAGACAACAUUGACAGACAUCUUCUUCCAAAUGCAACUCGCUUAAAGUUGAAAACCGAGCUAGACCCAUUAGUAUCUAGCAGUUCUCCAUUAGUACAUCCCGAAAUGGACAAUGCAUAUUUAAUGAACAUUGUUGAGGAAUGGAGAAGAAUUGGACUUAAUCAAGAUAGUGAUGUAUCUUAUGGCAAUAGUCCCAUUUGUGAUUCCUCACAUGAUUCCGCUCAUCAUACCAACUGGGAAUUUAAAUUUGAUCAUCCAGUCUGCUAUAACUAUUUUUCGGCUGGCACAUUGUUAAAUUCAGGCAAAAGGACAUCAUCCAUAAGCUCUUUAUCGGACAACUCACUGCAGCUAUCACUUCAAGCAAAACCUAUUAAUCCACUUUCAACACUAAGCUCACCAUUAGACAAAGCAAUCACUCCAUCAUCUGGCGUAUUAAGUCCACCAAAAAGGACCAAACCAUCAAGUAGCAGCCUUGCUAUUCUGGCACAACAAAAGCAACCGAGAAAAAAUCAAUAUAAUGUGAUUCCUACGUUCAAUAACAAUUUCAACAGAAGCUUUUUUGAAACUACAAAUGUUGACCUUGCUCAAUUGAAUAUCAAGACGGUGCCCGAUCUAGAGUACUCUGCACAAUUACCAACUGUAUCAGCAAACAUUCCUGAUGCAGAGCAUUGCAUUAAACUUCAAGAGAAGCUCAUUCGUCCUCUAUUUACUCCACUUACUUGUCGCGUAAAGAGAACAAUGUACCUCCGCGAUAGCUUAAUUGAUACCUUUCGCACUCGUUUCGAGCAUGUUUAUGAACUAACGCCAAAUGCAAACUUCAAAAAGACUGCAUACGAGUCUCAAUACAUUUUGACUAAAGUUGACAAGUCCGGCGUCCCAGAUAAUGCAACAAGAGCGGGUCUCUGUCCCUAUUGCGAAUCAGUUGAAUUCUUUGGAUUGAAAAACUCCUCGUACGGUAACCACCUCGCAUAUAAGCAUGGUAUCUUAACCAACGGACGAGCUGUGCCGGAUCCCAAAUUCCAUGGUUUAUACAAAUUUCGCAAAGGUGAGUACGAUGAGCCCGAAAAGAAGAAACGCAAGACUAACGCACACAUGUUGGAGCGUGAGGGGGUGUUGUGCACAACAUGUUGGCGGAUAUUGGAAGUAAAUUGCACAUCAAGAUCUUCGGUAUUGGGACAUUAUCUUCGACACUUUAGGGACUCGCAUGUUGGAUACAAAAAGGAAGGUAUGCGAACAUUAAAGGGUAAUCAAAUGCCUUUGACUGGACUGAAAGAUGUUCAUGGUAAUAAUACCGAAAGUGUGGAAGAUGCCUAUUCAAAGCAAGUCAAGCCAGAUCCUAUAGUGCUAGCAUUUCUCAAUAAUUGGAAUUUGGAACAACAACAACAACAGUAA